CUUAGUUACCGACAAUACAAACAAUACCGGCAACUCUAAACUCUCAACGUUUGUAAACAAGAAAAUAAAAGUGCGAUCAAAAUGGAUUCAGAGCAUGAAUUAACAACAUUGGCAAUGGAACGAAGAAAACCAAGAAAAUUAGUACCACCAUUAAAAAAUGCCCCCAAAAACAAGCAGAGGAUGAAAAACAACAGAAUUUCAUCGCCAGAAAUAGAAUCUAUAACCGAAUCAGGCACAUCCGAUAAAACAUCAAAUAAUUCAAGUAACACUGAUAUGUUCUUGGCACAUUCGAAACGCCAUGUAAAUCGAUCUGCAAAACAUAUAUCUGAAGAUGAAAUAUCGAAUAUUUCAACGUUAGACUCUCACCGUUCAGAAACAACUGCCGGAACCUCAGAGGAUAUUUCAAGAUCCAAUCUUCUCAAUUCUUCCCCAAAAGCUUCCGAGUCAAAGACUUACAGAGACAAAUUGAAGGAAAGAUUUCGAAGCGUAAAGAAACAAUCAUCACAAAGUAUCGAAAAAUCUUCGAUAAAAAAGUUUAAAAGUAAGAGUCAAGAUGUUGUCAUUUUGAACAAAUGUAUAGACAACCUAAAACAUGAUAAUCACAACGUUAAUUUGCAAUUAAAAGCACAUAAAAGGUAUGUUUAUCAAGGCGUCGGAGGUGAAGUAAGCAGUGCUGAAAAAUAUCUGUUCUUUUGUGAAUCUUUACCGGAUACAGCUAUUGAAACAGAAGGAAGUGAUGAAAUUGAUAAAGAUAAUAUGAACGAAAAUGUCGUUGUAGAAAAAAGAGCUGAAAAUAUGAGCGAAUUCUUAAUUAAAAGUUAUGAAGAGUCGGUUUGGUCACCUAAAGGAAAAACUUUGACACACGAACUAGAAUCUGCAAACAAGGAUCUUGCAGACGAAGGUUUAUUCAUUGCAGAAUCACCUAAAAUACCCCAAAGAGAUUUGGCGCAGUUAAAACAAAGAUUAUUAGCAUCAGACAACAAUGAAUUUUUUGACGCAGCUGGAAAACUUAAAUUUGAAGAAUCAAAUUACUCCAAACUCAAUUAUCGACCAGACCGAUUCGAUGAAAUUAACCCAUUUGAAUUAACAUAUCAUAAACCAUCUACGACAGUACCAGCUGGUAUGUCUUCAGUGGUAAUCAAGAAAGCAAAACCUAUGUUGGAAAUCAAUAUACAAGGAUUCCGUUUUACAAACCAUCCACUAUUUAGCCCCGAACACACGUUGCAAGAAAAUCUAGUCCGCCAUUUUGACAUUCACAAAGAAUUUCGGCGGAAUAGAAAACGCGAUAAACUCUGGGAGCGUUUACAAUCGUUGAGAAGAAGUCAGUCGGAAUUACAACAGGGCGAUAAUGCAGCUGGUGAUGCACAUCAAGACUUAGAUUUAUCCAAAAUUGCUCUAACAAAACAAAUUAAAAAUAUUAGAGAAGAAUAUUAUGCAGAGUGUAAAGCAUAUAGAGAUAAUGCUAAAAAUGUCAUAAAUGCAUGGAAAUCACUAAAACAACUUCGUAUUGAUAAUGGUUAUUCAACAACAACAAUCAAAUUAAUAAUUAGUAAACAUACAGAGUCUGAAGGCUUUUACGACGAUCCAGCAGUUGCACUAAAUGAGUUAAAAGCGGAAAAAGAAGAAGAAUAUCAAGAGCAGUUGAAUAACUAUAAGAAAGAACUUAUAUCAUGGCGGAAACUACAAGAAGAUGAUGAAUUAAUUGAUGAGGAAAAACCAAUAAAACCGCCACGCAUCAUCAGCGCAAAAAAACUGCGAGCAACUGUAGAAAGUAUGAUCACAGAAUCCUUUGGAGACAGUGAUGAACCAAUCAUUAGUUUUACAGUAAAUUAUUCACAUGGAAUUACUCCAAGUGAUCAAGUAAACGACGAAGAGAAAAAUAGGAGAAAAUCAGUAGAAAACACCAAAAUGAAACUAAAAUUAACACUAAACAAUGUCCUAAUUUGUAAAUCAAAGACAUGUAAACUAAACCCCAACUUUACACUGAAUUUCGAUGAAGUUUUAAGCCUGAAACUACGCGAAACUGAAAAUAUUACCAAUGAAAACAUAGAUAUUCAACUUAUUGAAGAACAUGUAACAAAUAUAUCGAAACGAUCACUUGGCACUGCCAAAGUGGAUAUUCCUAGAUUAGGACAACUAAUCGGACAAACUGAUUUCCAAGAAGUUUAUUUUAAUGAACAAACUAUACAAGGUUUUUUAACAUUUUGUAUAGGAUGGGAUACAAUUGGUACCAACCAGGAUGAAAACAAAAGUACGAAUAUUCUAAACGCAGAAGGAGGCUUAAACAUUGAAAACCUUCAACACUGGAUAGAUACAAGUAAUCCUGAUCCUGAAGAUCCGCGCAAUGCAAUCAUAUUCGAUUAUUUAUCCGAAAAUAAACGCGAUAAUUCUCCAUUGGCACAAGUGGAGUCUACUAAAUACUUUCGAUGUGAUCCGUAUUUAGAAACAUUUACAAUUUGUUCGAAAGAAGAUAUUGAAAACAAUGUGCGUCUGCAACUGUUAAGAUUACGCGAUAAAAACGAGCCGGAAUUUGUGGGAAUGAUGGUUCCGAAUCGUCUAAAUGAAAUACCAAGUAAUAUAUUCGCAACGUACAAACGGCGCUUGGCCGAAGAGAAAUAUCAAGAGUAUUUCGAUAAAGAAGAUGAAGUUGACGAUGAUCUUACCUCAAAAAGAUCUUUGGGGAGGAAGUACUUGAGACAAAUACACACAAAAGUGUUUCAACUUUGUAGAAACUGUGAGAAUAACUUGACUUUCGAAGACGUUAUUGAUGAAAAGAUGGUUCCAUGGAUUCAAAAUUAUUUGAAAACUAUGCUGUCGAACUUUAUAAACUGGUUUAAAAUAAUACCAGCUUUAACUAAACCAUUGCCAAUGCUAGAACUGCGUUCGGAAGUUGAGUGUUUAAACGCAAAACAUGAUUCUGGAGUGACUUAUGGAGGAACAGCUAAAAUUGUUAUUAAUUUAAAAAGUGGUAUUAAUUUACCAAUACCAAAUGAAAAUGUUAAAGUAAAUUCAAGCAGAAAACAAAGUAAAUCGAGAAGUAGCACCGGUGAUGGCAGUAAUAGUGCAAACUCUACUAAAACGACGCCUAUUCCACAAUAUUUUGUUGAAAUUUGCUGCGAUAACGACAAAAACGAAGUAAUAACAAGCGGGUUAUCACAAGGAAAGCAACCAACGUGGAAUGAGACUUUAACAGUUUCGUUAAACUCUGAAAACUUAGAUUAUUUGAAUCCUAAUUCAUUGAAUGGGUCUAUUUAUAUAAAUCUUUUCAACUUGUCGAAGAACUCUGAUGGACUUGCUGUUAACUUGGGUAGUGUAGUAAUAACAAUUGCUGCAGCAGUUUCGGAAAACAAGCUUGAAGGCGAAUUUCCCUUAAACAAGCCUCCAUUUAUUCACGGAUAUGAAAAAGAAGAAGAAAUACGUUCGCCAAGUACACCCAGAACACAAGUCAAUAAGAACACAAAUUUGAGCUUCCUUGAAAUGUCUGUUUAUGUUGAUUCAACAGUUCCAAAAAUCUCUGCUGAUUUGGGUUCAAUAACUUGUGGCGAACCACCUUUUAUUAAAGAUCACAUCAUCGAAUGGAAUAAGCGCUUUAAUCUCGACCAUCCCCGAAGAAAAUUCAGUGCUUUGGCUAUUGACAGCAAUGGGAAAACAAUUUGUCUUACAAGAUUUAUCAAAACUUUAGAACCACCAAAACUAAACGCUGAUGAAUUUGAUGUUAAUUUGGAACAAUGCGCGCGAUUUGUUUCUUUGAUUCCAUUUAGAAAAGUUAAUAAAUUUUACGAAAACAUUUGGUUAACAGCAGAACAAACCUUAAAAUUGGGAAUAGGAUCAAUUUAUGACCAUGCAACUUUAUUAACUUGCUAUUUGCUCUCUCUUAAACUGGAAGUUUGGUUGUUGAUGGGGUUUGGGAUACCCCAUGGUAAUACUGCUUAUGUUUUGAUUAGAGAAUACAAUGAAACACCGCUUCCAAAUCACUUCAUCAUCGACGUAACUAAUGGAACUGUCUAUAAUGUUACUGAUCUAUACUGUCCUCUUAAGAAAGUCUACUGUGUAGUCAAUGAAAAUAAUAUUUGGGGAAAUGUUCAACGUGGCGAUGCUGUUUUCACAACAAGAUUUGAUUUUACACGAAGAUUUGACUGGCAACCACUGUUUAACAACUCAGUUUCAUCACCUAGCAAUUCAGUGCAGCACAGUUUGCAUUAUCUUCAAAGUGGUGAUGCACUCAAGUUACAAAAUGUCAUUGAGAAGAAACUACACAAGAAAAUAGCGAAACUGCGGGAGCAUGAUGUUACAAUUUGGAAUCAUUACAUAUCUAACUUAUUAAGGGCGCAAAUCUUAAAAGCUGAGAAGAACUUCAUGCAUAGCAAGACUCAUUUGACUUCAUCCAGUCAAAUGAUUGAAUAUUCAAACAAUUUCAGGAUUAAUGGAAUUAUCCAAUAUUUCUCGUUCAGCAGUGUGAAUGAAGUUGUGGAUAUGAUUGCACAAACAAAGAUAUGGAAUAUUACUGGCUCCAAUGUUGAGUUUGCCAGUUGUGUACAGGUACAUGCUUAUGUUAAUCAAGUUAUCGCCGUUUGGAUCGCAUUAGUAUCAAUUGUUAAGAAAUAAUCAAUUAAUAUAACUACUUACUUGAAUAAAUAAUAAUAAAGAAGAAGACUGGCUGCAACUCACACAUUUGAUUGCGGUAACCUCAAA